AUGGAGACAACGUUCACGAAUUAUUGCUUAUCAUAUAAUCAACAUAUACCAUUAGUGACAGCACCAUAUCUCCCUUUUAAUUACUCCAGCAUUGAAGCAUCAUCAAAACAAAUCAAAAUUGAACCUGAAACUCAAACAAGACCCAAAAUUUCCUUUUCUAUUGAAUCAAUCAUAGGAAGACAAUAA